AUGAAGGUGGUAAACCUGGAAGAAAUUAUGUCGGUGAGAAGGAGGCCCACUAUCAGCACCAUCAGAUCUAAUGCAAUAAGGAGUUAUUUUAUGUAUCAUAAUUCACAUACUCUCUUUCCGUCCGCAGGUCCAAUGGCCUCCACCGAGCAUAGCAAAGAGCUGGAGGAGGUGGGCAGCAUGAGGACUCCUUUGCGGCAGAAUCCUGCUCGAGCCGGCCGGAGCCAAAGACCUUCUGGCUGGAGGAGGAGACGCCCUCGACCCCGCCUCUCCCAUAAGGGGCCCAUGCCAUUUUAGAGCAAGGUCAGUUUGACAUUACCAACGCAAAAGCCUGAAAGCAAAAAAUAAG